AUGCGAGGCCAAACUCCUGCCGCACUCCAGUUACUCCGAGCCUCUCCCCAUUUCAACGUUGAACCAAGAACAAACCACACGACAUUCAAUGCGGAAGGAGCCAAUGGCGUGGAGAUCGAGAUUCUCGCCCCUCCCGCUCUUUUCAAGGAGACUUUCGAUCAGAAUACCGAGGUCAUCACUGUUGGGAAUGUGAAGGUCCUCAAACCGGCCCUGAUUCUCAAUGCAAAAUGCCGUUCGAUUUUAGACCGACCCAGUGCGUCCAAGAAGAGUACCGAUGCUAGUGACAUCAUCUUCAUUCUGGGUUUUUGCGCUCGGGACCCAAUGUAUCUCCCGAAGGCUGCGAAGGUGCCAAAUGCAACCAGGGAAUUUGUUCAAAUGUUCAUUGGACGAUUCCGGAAUCAAGAUGCUUGGACUCGCGCUGGGUACAAUCUGCAAACUGGUCGGUUCACCCGUACUUGA